UAGGAACGAGAAGGAAAAAGAGGGGAUUGUUUCACUGUUGCAACUUAGUGGUGCGACGAUUAAAUAAACACUGAAAACAAAGGAAGCAACCAGAAAGAAAGUGAGGAUCGCACAGGUUCAUAGAUCAUUGAGUAAAUAUAUUUCUGAAUAAAACAAUUAGAAUGGAGGAGGUUGAUUUAUUCUACCGUCAGCUGCCAAAAGUGGAGCUUCAUGCCCAUCUCAAUGGCUCUGUCAGCUUUUCAACCAUCGAGAAACUCAUGGCUCGAAAGCCACAUCUCAACAACGAACACGGCAUGACUGCUAUUCGCAGUGGUCAGCGGAGGACACUGGAUGAGUGUUUCCAGGUCUUCAAAGUCAUCCAUCAGUUAGUAGAUACAGAGGAGGACAUUCUUAUGGUUGCCAAAGAUGUCAUCAGGGAGUUUGCAGCUGAUGGAGUAAAAUAUCUAGAACUGAGAAGUACCCCACGAAAGGAGAAGAACACAGGAAUGACAAAGAGAAGGUAUGUGGAAACGGUCAUCGAGGCCAUCCGUCAAUGUAAAAAUGAGGGAGUUGACAUUGAAGUCAGGUUCCUGGUAGCUGUUGACCGUAGGAAUGGGGCUGAGGUUGCUAUGGAGACCGUUAAACUGGCAGAGGACUUCAUGCUGUCUACCGGUGGUCUGGUGGUGGGGCUGGACCUCAGUGGAGAUCCUACGGUGGGCCAUGGCAGAGAUCUCCUUCCGGCCUUGCAAAAAGCCAAGAACUGUGGACUAAAACUCUCUCUACACCUGUCAGAGGUGCCAUCUCAGGCAGACGAAUCAGAGCUGCUGCUAAACAUUCCACCUGACAGGAUUGGUCAUGGGACUUUCUUACACCCUGAAGUGGGUGGGUCACAAAGCCUGGUUGAUAAAGUGCGGAAGCAUAACAUACCUCUGGAACUAUGCCUAACCUCUAAUGUCAAAGGUCAGACAGUGUCAUCCUAUUCUCAACAUCACUUCCUGUACUGGUACCAAAUGGGACACCCUAGUGUGAUCUGUACAGACGACAAGGGGGUGUUCUGCACAGACCUGUCUCAGGAGUACCAGUUGGCCGCCUCUACCUUCAACCUCAGUCAGGAGGACAUGUGGACUCUGUCCCAGAAGGCGAUAGACUGCACCUUCGCCCCAGACCUACAGCAGCAUCUACACCAGAAGUGGCUGGAGCUACGGCCAACGCUGUUCCAGUUAUGACAGACAGAACGCACUGCUUGACAUCUAUGGGAUCAGAAUCACCAAUCUUGACCAUUUGAGUAGUAAUGAGAUGUAGAUUAGUGAUUCCAGCAUGUGCUUCUCAGAAUAGCUGAAGAAUGAGGGACCAUGAGUCAUUUAAAAUUAGUAAAGUAGUUCAUCAAUAAAACAUACAUCAUGCUGCUUUUAUUAAGUUAUUUGUACGUGUCUCCCAGUAAGUAGAAAGGUAGGUUACUUUACUUUCAAUGUGAAACUCAUUCUCCGCAAACAAAUACUAGAACAGACAGCAGGCACGUUUUCCAUUCACUGAAGAUCGAGGCUAGGUGACAAUGGUCAAAUUAUACAAAAAGUCAAACGUAUGCUCAUCAUUCAAUGAAUCAUCUUUAAGUAUGUUGACCCUUGCAGACUCCAACUCAUCUGAAUGUAAGCAACUCCAUAUUGUUGGUACUGGAUUAAAUGAGCCGGUUACAGUAGGUACAGGAAAAGGCAGGUGGUGGAACCAUAGCAAAUAAUUAUUCUAUUUCUAUGGGUGGAACCGUCACCACUGUAUGCUGUCUCCUAUCCUCAGGUGGUGGGUACAUAAAGUCUAAUAGAGUCUCAUUUUCACUAUGGAUGGUACUCUAACCCUUGGGUACAGGGCUAGGCACAGAGAAAGGUGACACUGCCAUUGGUCAAAGCACAGUCCUACUGCUGUACACUAAGGUUGUUAUAGUAAAUUAAAAUAAAUGAAAAAACGAAUUAAACCAAUUUUAAACAAAUAAAAACCAUUAUGAAUUA